GAUUAAAUGUUAUGCGUGUUUGCGGUUAGCGCGCGGGGAGAGCGGCGUAUUGAUAUUCGAUCGACUUAUUCACCUCGGUAACACGAAAAGCCACUCGAUCGUGUUGACCACUCGCGAAGAUGCAAAUGAUACCCCUGGCUGAUAACAUUGUGCACGCGGCAUGCGUUAUCGUCGCUCUUGAUUAGCCCAGCCCGCUCAGCAGAUAUAUUGGCCGUGCAAAAUAUCACUUUGAUAUAGUUCGGCUCGGAGGAAAUCAAGAUGAGACAAAUCGUGGUUUUGGGGCUUUUGAGCUUGGCCGUCGUGGCCUACUCGGGCAUCAGCCCUGCCAGAGAGCUGGACUUAUCCUCCCUGAGCCGGAUUUUGAACUCGAAUCCGGAAAAACUGCAAAAACUGCAGGAGAUGCAGCGUUUGUGGAAGCUUGACGACCACCCCGACAUCGGCAAGCCAACUCCUGACAUGAUCAGACGGCAAGGCUACCCCGUGGAGGUGCACUGGGUGACCACCGAGGACGGCUACAUUUUGGAGGUGCACCGAAUUCCGAAUCCGGGCAAGCCGCCAAUUUUCCUGCAGCACGGACUCCUUUGCGCCUCCUCCGACUGGGUCAUGAUGGGCUACACUCACGGACUCGCUUAUCUGCUUUUCGAUCGCGGAUACGACAUCUGGAUGGGCAAUAGCCGCGGCAACACCUACUCGAGAAAUCACACCACCCUUAACCCCGAUACGGACUCUGAAUUCUGGAAUUUCAGUUGGCAUGAAAUGGGACAUUUUGACAUCACGGCCGAAAUCGACUACGUGUUGGAGCAGACGAACAACACUGAGCUCGUCUACAUGGGCCACUCGCAGGGCACGACGCAGUUUUUCGUCAUGCUGUCCGAGAAGCCUGAAUAUAACGCCAAAAUCAAGCAGAUGCACGCGCUCGCACCUGUAGCCUUCAUGAGCGGAGUGCGCAGCCCGCUCGCUCUCAUCGCACCUUUCGUCGACCAGAUCGAGUGGAUUAUGAGCAUGUUUGGCGUGGACGAGUUCCUGCCAAGCUCCGGCUUCAUGGAAUUUAUCGGGCAAGCUUUGUGCAACGAUGGUGCCUGGACUCAAGUUAUUUGCUCAAACGUCCUCUUCCUCAUCGUCGGAUUCGACUCAAAGCAGCUUAACGAGACCGCACUGCCUGUAAUUAUGAGUCACACGCCUGCCGGGGCAGCCACGAAGCAAAUUCUGCACUACGCUCAGGAGAUGAACUCUGCCAAGUUCAGGCAGUACGACUACGGCUACUUCGACAACAUGGACCACUACGGCCAGCACGCGCCUCCGCAGUACGACCUGUCCAAAAUCACCGCCAAAAUUUAUUUGCACUACAGUGAAAACGACUGGAUGUCGCAUCCUAAUGACGUGGUUGAGUUGUUCGAAAAGCUGCCUAAUUGCCUGGGCAAGUUCCGAGUGCCGCUGCCUGAGUUUAAUCAUCUCGACUUUUUGUGGGCGAUCGACGUUAAAGAGCUGCUGUACAACACAAUUUUUUCUCUGCUCAACAGAGAGUAAAUAUUAAGGAACCAAUUUAAUAAACAUUUUUACGCAACUAAAAAUUAAUCAGCAAUGAUUUCGUUGAUCUUGAUGUGAAUAAAUCUGAAAA